UUGCCGUUUAAAAAAAAGAGCGAGAAAGAAUGAGAAAAGCACACUCCCGCUAAAACACACACUGACAAACAAACACAAGUGUAACAGAAGAGACCGAGUGGAUUCGUACAGUCCUCUGGAUUUAGUGGUUGGGGGGAAGAAGUUUCUUUCCCCAAAGCCAAACUGUUGUAUUAGAUUUGUAGACUCACAGAGACGAUGCCUUUCUUUUGCCUAGUCUCAAAAACCGCUCAGUGGAUUUGAUUGCCGCUCAGAUUAUUUUCGGCAAAUUAUUCCAACGGAAGGGAUUGAGAGUCUGAGCCAGAGGAUGCUCCCACAGGUCAUACGGAUUCUAUAUGUCGUGUCUUUUUGCUUUUUUCAAGGAGGCUUUAUCAGACCGGGCUCCUGUAAGGAGGAGAUAAAGUCCUCUAGUAGGACAGUCCCCUCCUCGCAGUCCCCGUCUGACUUCCUGGACAAGCUCAUGGGGAAAAGGUCUGGCUAUGACGCCCGCAUCAGACCCAACUUCAAAGGUCCGCCUGUGAAUGUCACCUGCAAUAUUUUCAUCAACAGCUUUGGUUCCAUCACGGAAACUACUAUGGACUACAGGCUCAAUGUGUUCCUACGGCAAAAGUGGAACGAUCCCCGCUUGGCUUACCAGGAGUACCCAGACGACUCCUUGGACCUGGAUCCCUCCAUGUUGGACUCCAUCUGGAAGCCUGACCUUUUCUUCGCUAACGAGAAGGGGGCUAACUUUCACGAGGUCACCACCGACAACAAACUGCUGCGGAUCUUCCAAGAUGGGAGUGUACUGUAUAGCAUCAGGCUGACUCUCAUCCUGUCCUGCCCUAUGGACUUGAAGAAUUUCCCCAUGGAUAUUCAGACCUGUACCAUGCAGCUUGAAAGCUUUGGGUAUACCAUGAAUGAUCUGAUCUUCGAGUGGUUGGCCGAGAACCCGGUGCAGGUGGCUGAUGAUCUGACGCUCCCACAGUUUGUGCUGAAAGAUGAGCAGGAUCUAGGCUACUGCACCAAGCACUACAACACAGGUAAAUUCACCUGCAUCGAGGUUAAGUUCCACCUGGAGAGACAGAUGGGCUAUUACCUGAUCCAGAUGUACAUCCCCAGCCUGCUCAUUGUCAUCCUGUCCUGGGUCUCCUUCUGGAUCAACAUGGAUGCUGCCCCAGCGAGAGUGGGCCUAGGCAUCACCACCGUGCUCACUAUGACCACCCAGAGCUCUGGGUCCCGGGCCUCUCUACCCAAGGUGUCCUACGUGAAGGCCAUUGACAUCUGGAUGGCCGUGUGCUUGCUGUUCGUGUUCGCCGCACUGCUCGAGUACGCAGCAGUCAACUUUGUCUCACGGCAACACAAGGAGUUCAUCAGACUGAGGAAGAAGCAGCGGCGGCAGAGAAUAAGACUGACAACGGCAACACACUACAGCUGGCCGUCACAUUACAUGAGAAAGAUCAGCUCGUUUCAGGCUCAGCUCAUUUCCAUGGCCAUGGCCUUGGCCAAUCAACCGGGGAGUGUAGAGUCACUGAGGAAAGUGAACGACCUGCCUAGCAACAGCACUACCAGCACCAGCUACCACGGGAACCUGAAUCAGCACUGCAGCGCCUGUGCCAGGGAAGAGGAACUGGCGAGAGACAGCCGUGGGUUUUACUUCCGCGGCUACGGACUGGGUCACUGCCUACAGACCAAGGACGGAACAACUGUGGAGGGGGCAACAGUCUUCACCCCGCCACCCCCAGCGGUGUCCACUGUUUAUGAUGGCGAAGCGGUCCGCCAGCGCUUCGUGGACCGGGCCAAGCGCAUCGACACGAUAUCCAGGGCCGUCUUCCCUCUGAGCUUCCUCUUCUUCAACAUUUUCUACUGGAUCACCUACAAAGUGCUGCGACACGAAGACAUCCAUGCAAAUUUGUAAUACCACUCUCUGCUCUAAUCCCCACAACUUCCUCAUUGUUUCAUGCUACAUUUCAGUUUUUCUUCUUUCAACCAAAACUGCCUGCAAGAUAUACAUUAAAAAAGGAGGAUUAAGUGUUUCAGAGGCAUAUGCUUCAUAACCAUUGAUCCUAAAAACUCUGCUCAGGUAAGUCUUCAGGAUCUCAGAGCGAGAGCAUGUGAGCAGAGAACGAAGUGAAGAUAUGGAUUCAAACUGGUGUUAGAUUGCAGUUUGUUUUUUGCAUUCUCUUUUAUCUUACUCCUCUUGUUUUGACUGGAUUACAGCAGAUGCUACAGGCGCUAGACUAGAGACAUAACAAUGCUAGUCUUUGAACUUCUGCCUGAACUCUGAAGUCGUUGUCUUUGCCUUUAGCCAUAUUCCAAAGUGAAUAUUGAUUGUAGCUGGAUGGAUAAUGCUGACUUGAAUUUUAACACUCAAUGCAUCUUUGAAUGAAUGUUUUUAAAAAAUAACAAUUAAAAAAAGGCUUUUUUACAACUUUAGAUUGCCAAACAAAUUAGGGAGGGUUUGGGGUCUUUGAUAUUCUGGAUAUUUAAAUGGGGUGGGGAUAUGUUGUUUUAACUACAUAUGACGAGAUUAUAUAUGUAUCACACACAAAUGUAUAAACUGUAGAUAAACAGAGUUGUUCAUCGAUUGCACACCUCACAAAUGUGUAUUUCCUUUUGUCUAACAUUUGAAUAAAUGGGAUAUUCUG